CUAUAUAACAAUCAAGAUAAUGAAAGGCAAAAGAGAUAUCUCACGAAGGAAGGACUGCAAAUCUAUCACCUUCUACAAUUUUGAUGAUCUCAAGAGACUCAACGAGGACCUUACCUCUAUAAGUAACGCUGACAACGAAGACUCCUCUCGGCUCCAUUAUAGCUUUAAGAAGAAGGAUCAUAGUUUCAGGAAUACAAAGCAUAACUUCAGCAAGAACAAGAGGUUUUUCGAUAGGAUUAACAAAUCAAGGAAGGAGAAUAAGAUUACACCCAAGGUAGAUGACACAACUGUGAUCUCUGACUCCAAUUCGACUUAUCUGAACUCUUCGAUGCCAAAGAAGAACAAAUAUAUAAAGCUUAAAAUCAAACCAGUGGAGGCUAUAACAAUUUUUAAUAAGCAGGAUAGGAAAAGAAAGUCUAGAACAGAAAAGAAGGUUAAAAAUUCGAAAAGACUAUCUCAAAAGCCAAACUUCCAGACUCUUCAGAAGUUACUCCAAGGAGUGCCUCUUGAGACUAUGAAUUAGCGGCAGUAGUUCUAUCAUGGCCCGUUCUAAUAUUAACAAGAACAUCCAGGAUCCAGUUGAGAACUUGCAUUCGCAUCUUUUGCGGUUACAUAAAGAGAAGAAGCAAUGGUUGAAUAAAACGGCUAUUCCGAAUCCUAAUUCUAAUCUAUCCCAGACCUUAUUGUCACUAGCACAAUCCAGUAACAACUCAUGGGUUCACCAUAAGUCCCUAGACUGCAUUAAAAAGGAUCAUAGGAACAAAAUGCUGCCAAAGAUUCUCAGACUUCGGGAUAUCACUGGUGUAAAGGAAAGACCUCCUUUUUACAAACUGCUAGAUAUAUCAAAACCUUAUAACUUGCAGAGUUUCGUGCCUCCGCCAUUCCUGUCGAUUAAGAAGUCUACCCCAAUCUUGGCUCAGAAGUUAAACCAGAGUUUAUCAAAGAUCAGGCCCAUCUUGGCUCGUUCGAAGAAUAAGACUUCGCACAGUGUGUUGCCCACGAACAGGUUUCCAGUCAAACAAGAGGUUAGGAGACUAGAUAAGAGAGAAGAAACAGAGAAAAGAACAGAGCUUUAUAAGCUUCAAGUUCCCAGAAUAAUCGCAAAGUCACGAAGGAUAUAAAGAUCAGUGGUUAUAUAAAUUCCCUAUGUUUGUG